UUGUGGACUCAUACUCCACCUCCUUAGCAGAGCAUCAGAGACACACUGGUCCCAAACCUUCCAAGGCUUUGUGAAAUUGUUUUUUGAGCUUACUAAAAACCAUGACGCAUUUCUUUUUAGUGGUUUGGAGUUUAUUGCUCUCUCUUCAGUGGGUACAUAGCAGGCGAGAUGAAGGAACAAACUGCAAGCCAGUAACAGCCAGUUUUUGUCAAGGUGUUGGAUAUACCACUACCCUUCAUCCGAAUGGAGUUCAAGGCUUCAACCUGCAGCAAAUCGGUCAGAUCGUGGAGACUGCCUGUUCACCACACGUUGCCACACUCAUGUGUCGCGUUGUUGUGCCUGAAUGCAGCUCAGAGGAUGAUAGCAGGAUGAAACCAUGCCGCGCUCUCUGUGAAAAAGUCAAGACUGACUGUGAGUCUGCCCUCAGAGCAAAGGGGUUGCUCUGGCCUAUAAAGCUCCGAUGUGAGACUCUACCCGAGACUAACUGUGUACAGUUCAGGUCUGCGGGUGGACUGGAGCCUAUCACAGCUGGCACUGGGCAAGAGGCUCCAGUCAUCAGUGUUAGUCAAACACACUCUUCAGCAUGUCAGCCAAUCACCGUCCCCGUCUGCAAAGACAUGCCUUACACAGUAACUGUGCUGCCUGAGCAGGAAACCCAAGAUAACAUAGCAGUGAAGAUAAAUCAACUGUAUCCACUUGUGAAAGUGGGGUGCUCCUCCCAUUUAAAGCCAUUAUUGUGCUCUGUCUUCCUACCUGAGUGUGUGUCAGGGAAACCUCGUUCACCGUGCAGAAUACUAUGUGAGAAAGCAAAGUCCGGCUGUGAGCCACUGAUGAACAAGUUUGGCUUCACAUGGCCCGAAGACUUAAAGUGUACAGCAUUUACCACAGAGUCCUGUGAGCAUUAUGGAGUGAGCAGCAGCGGUGGGAUCUGUGAGCCGAUCACCAUACCGAUGUGCCAGGGCCUAUCCUACAACGAGACCCUCGUUCCGAAUCUUCUGGGACACACAAGCCAAAGAGAAGCGUUCACGAAGAUGUCCUUCUUCAACUCCAUGGUGCAAACUGUGUGUUCAGUGGACAUACGCAUCUUCCUGUGUCGGGUUUACGCCCCCCAGUGUGAGGCAGGUCAAGCGCAGUGGCCCUGCAGGUCGUUCUGUGAGAGAGCCAGGCGGGACUGUGAGGGACUGAUGUCCAGUUUUGGUGUUUCCUGGCCAGACGAGUUGCAGUGCAGCUCAUUCCCAGAGGAAAUGUGCAUAUCGGAGGAGAAAAGGCCUGAGAUGUUAAAUGCAGAAGAGGUUGUUGCUAAACUGGAGGCUGGUGGCUAUUCUGUUUAUGGAAAACCUCUUACUCUCAGUACAGCUCGCCUGCUGUUGACUCUCAUGGAUGCAGACAAAUCUGGAGACCUGGAUGUGGCGGAGUUCUUUCAACUGGAGUAUUCUGUGGCUGUUAUCAGGAGAGAGUAUGUGGAGAGCUAUGGCAGCAGGAAUCCACCCUCAGUUACUGAGAACCAAUUCAAAAAGGCUGUGGCUGCACGUGAGUUUCAUCUGGAUGACGAAACCUUCAGAGUUCUGUGGUAUGAAUAUCGCUCCCAGGGAGGGAUUGACUAUGACAAAUAUGUGGCAGCCCUGACAAAACUUCAGAUCCUCAAAGAUCGUUUCAAGGCCCAUCUGCUGAACUUGCCCUGUGAUUGCCAAGUGGCCAGCUUCUCCAUCAAGCAGUUUAUGAAGUCAGCCAUAGUCUGAGGACCAAGCAGGAGCAGAGCUGAGCUGACCACAAGAAUUUCUGUAGGAAAUAACUGCACAGCAAUGUAAUAAUGCAGAACUGUAGAAAACAUACAUGACUGAAUUAACUUGUCUUCUAUAAUGACAUUUAUUGUUAAAGUACAGAAAUAUUAAAGUGACGUUCAGCAUAGAAACUAAGCAGGUUUCAACACCUGAAGACUGAAUUUCAGUGUCAGUUCCAAAAUGUGUUGAAUCAUAUACGCAUUAUCAUCAUUUUUUUUUAAAUAUCUACACAGUGGUCACAUUAAAAUAUUUCAUCAAAAAUAUUCAAGAAGCCUUUUCUACAUAUUCUUCUUUGGUUAAAAAUGUGACUGCACAUGAAAGUCAGAAGAGUUUAAAUAAAACAAAGCCUGUUGUUUUUUUACUUUUCACACAAGCACUGAAAUAAAGCUGGUUCACACUGUGACGAGUUCAUUAUAUUUACAGAAACUUUGCAACUUUGUACAAACAAGCAAUUUGCAAUUUUGCUGUGGUUGGAUGAUCAAUCUCGCAGUAUUGAUUGUUUCUCAAAUAAUUCAUUUUAUUCAAUUGAUUAAUUUUUUUUAAAUUUUGAAGAAUUAUUAUUAUCAUCAUUAACAUUAUUCAUUGGUUUGUUUUGAUUUUCUAUUGAUCCUGAGUGUUAUGAGCUUUUGGUUCUUUAUAUACUGUAGUGUUGGUUACUCUAUGCAUUUACGGUGUUACUAGUUCCUCUGUCUCGUCCUCAUUUGUCUUUCCCCAUGUUUACUCAUAAUGCCUGUGUUUAGUUUUUGUUUCUCAUUUCCUGUUUCAUUUUGGUAGUUCUCUGUUUCCUGGGUCUUGUGUUCAUUUUAACUCCCCCCCCCCCUUGUCUUGUAGUCAUUGAUUGUACCAAUGGUGCCUAGUUUUCCCAGCCAUCUCCACUUUCAAUGCUACAAUAUCAUCCUGGGAGGAAUUUGGAACACAAAAAGAUAAAAUGGGGCAAAAUACACAAGGAAACAUCCUUCAAGCCCUGGUUUUAAAAAAAAAAUGGCUGUAAGACUUCCAAAAUUCCACACCCACAUCACAACAUCCAAGCUCUACUUCAUUGCUGCUGCAGCCAGUAAGUUCCACACUGCCGCUGCAGCCAUCCAAUCUGCCCAGCACACCUGCCUCAUUGCCACUGUCCUUUGGGAUGGAGGUAAUUUUGCUCAGGCUCUCAAAGGUAUUGCUGCCCAGUGUCCCUGCCAGCUCCUAGCUCAUCCCUGCUCAGUCAGCUCCCCCAAGCUCCCGUAUCUAGAAUAGAGUGCUGCUAGCCACUGCCUUGGCCUCGCCUCCACGGCUGGACCCCUGUCUUGCAUUUUCAGCCAUCUACCAUGUUCCACUGACACCCACUCACAAGUGCAUUCCUCUCAAGCAUCUUGUCUCUCUGGAUUUUGUUUUCUGUUCAUAUGCAUUUCAUUUUAACAGUUAUUUGUCUCUUUUGUGUCUUCAGUUUAGUUUUACUUCCUCCCCCUGAUCUAAUUGUCAUUCUACCCGUGUCUCAGUUUCCUACCUGUGUCUCCUCCUUCCCUAAUUACCCUUCUGUGCAUAAAAAGUCCUGCUCUUCCGCUCUUUGUCACAGUAUAUGUUUAUCUCCCCUCAGCAAUCUUAAUAUAAGAGUCACAUAUUAAGAUACAAGCACUACUUUUACUACUAGAAUAUUGAUGCUUGCAUUGUUUGACAUAAAUCAGGCAAUCUAUACAUCUAUAUUGUGUUUAAAUGGAGACAGACAGAGAGGGAGAGACAGUAUCAUGUCCCCCAAAAGGUCUGUGACAGAUGCAGCAGUAAAUUAGUGUUGUUUCAUCUGUGCAAACACAACAAAAACAAGCUCCAUUCCUUUCUUUCUGUCAGCAAAGCUGUGGAUUUGAUACCGUGUAAAACUCAAAUUUGUACAAUCCACACAGACAAAAACUCACCAUAACGAAGCCUGCAAAAGACACCACUCAGAUUCAAUACCACCUAAUAAUUCACAGAGUACCGAGGCAGAGGGCAGUGGCAAUUCCUUUCUGCAGCAUAU